AUGGUUUGUCUGCCUGGGCCCCUGGCGGCCAAAUUGUCGCAGUUUUUGCUCCUGUGGCUGAGUGCCCUUGCGCUCCCAGGGCGUGCCCAGGUGGAGUUACACGUGCCCGCUGGCCUCUCCAAGGUAGAGGCGGUGGAGGGAGAGGAAGUGGUGCUGCCGAUGUGGUACACUUUGAGAGAUGGCAUGCCUUCGGUAGGGCUAAAAGAGAAGCCCUGGGUGCUCUGGUUCCUGGAGAAGACAAAGACGAGCCAGGUGCUGGCAUACAGCGAAGGAACUUCGUCAGGCAAACAUGGAGCAUCCCUGGUCUACACUAUGCCCUCUCGGAAUGUGUCACUUCGGCUACAGAACCUGAAGGAGGAAGACUCUGGAUCUUACCGCUGUUCUGUGAAUGUGUAUGAUAGUCAGCACAGACCUUUGGGUGACAGCAGCUCAAGUUUAGAACUUAAUGUUCUAGUCCCUCCAGCUCCUCCAUCUUGCCGUAUCCUGGAUGCACCCUUCCUGGGGUCCAAUGUGACUCUGAGCUGCCAGUCCUCAAGGAGUAAACCUACGGCCCAUUACCAGUGGGAGAAACUGCCCCCAUCUCCCCAGGUUUUCUUUGCACCAACUUUAGAUAACAUCCGUGGAUCCUUGAAGCUUAUAAACCUGUCACCUUCCAUGUCUGGAAUCUAUGUCUGCAAGGCCUAUAAUGAGGUUGGCACCUCCAAGUGCAACGUGACCCUGGUCGUGAGCACAGGGCCUGGGUAUGCUGUGAUUACUGGGGCUGUCGUGGGUAUACUGAUUGGACUGGGGCUGCUGGUUGGACUGAUCCUCUUAUACCAACGCUGGAGCAAGACUCAAGAGGAGCCAGCCAACGAUAUCAAGGAGGAUGCCAUCGCUCCCCGGACCUUGCCCUGGCCCAAAGGCUCAGACACAAUUUCCAAGAAUGGGACUCUUUCUUCUGUCACCUCCGCAAGAGCCCUCCGGUCACCUCAUGGCCAUCCUAGGCCUGGUGCAUCGACCCCCACACCCAGCCUUUCCACGCAGGCCCUACCCUCGCCAAAGCUACCCAGGGUAAAUGAGGCCCACCCUACGCCAGUGCUAGCCAGCCCCGGUGGGAUCUCUUCCUCUGCACUGAGCCGCAUGGGUGCUGUGCCUGUCUUGAUGCCCGCCAAGAAUCAAGCUGGGUCUCUAGUGUGA